AUGUCCUACUCCCUCUUACCAGAUUCACCACCCCCUACAAAAACAAAAUCCCACCCCAACCCAUACGCCCACUUCAUAACACACCACCUCCCUCUCCUCCUCAUCCUCUCCUUCGCCUUCCUCCUCACCCUAACCAUCCUCCUGCUCCUCCUCCCAAUCACAGGUCCCAAUCUCCUCGGAACAGCAAGAACAUGUCCCUCCUACCCGCUCUGGCAAAAACACCCUGCAUACAUCCUCAGUUCCUCCCGCGAAAAUCCACUCAACGAGGCCCAGACACAAAACCAUCACCCCCAGGAUAAGGAUCAAGAUACGGGUAAAGACAAAACCUGGGAAAACACAGUCAUCCCCCCAACCAGCGGCGGCGGAAUCUUCGCUUCCCAUCUCGACGUUCUCACCGAGGCGGAUGUGCAGCGGGUCGGUGCGAACAAAACGCACAGUGGCGUCUUGGAUCAGUCGUAUAGGAUUGUGAUGUUUCAUCAACUGCAUUGUUUGGGGGCGUUGAGGGGGAAGAUCUUUCCUGAUGCUGUACAUGAACAUAAGCAUUCGGGGGGUGAGGGAAAGAGCACCGAGAGUGAGAAGGAAAAGCAAAUCAAGGAGCAGGAUCAUCUAGGCCAUUGUUUUAAAUAUAUUUUGCAGGUUCGUUUAUACCACUCUCUCCUUCCCUCCGUUCCUCGCCGUUUUGCUCUUUCGCCGACUCACCAUCUAACCCCGAAUAAGAUAGCUGGUUAA